UCCAUCUGUCGUAAGUCCAAUACCCUCAGUUUUACGGUAUGCAUGAAAGAGAAAUCGAGAAACUCCUUGUAAAAUUAACACCUUAUGAAGAGAAAAACCAAGAUUCCGCCUUUUUUGAAGAGAGAGUGUUUUCAGUAGGAUCACAACCAAAACGUGUAGGUCGCACCUUAAAAAAGAAUGGUCCUCGACCUGACAACGCCAUUUUUGAUAAUCCUGUUCUUUCCAGGAACCAUGGUCUUUUUUACGUCGAAGGAAGCAGGCUUUUUUUUAAGGAUCUUGGAAGCUCCAACGGUUCAUUUUUAAAUGGUAUUCAAAUAAGCAAGCAACCCGGACAAGAAUCAAUACCGCAUGCCUUGCAAAGCAACGAUAUCUUACAACUUGGGUCAUCCGUUCGGAGUGAGGAGAACUGCAUUUAUCCUUGCAUAAAAAUGAAAAUUAUCAUCGUCAGCCCUAAUAAUAAGCUCGUUCACACCACUAAUAGUACUGUUACUAUAGAAUCUCCCUUAAAACCCAGCAGGUGCAUUAAAAAUAAUGCUUACAGCAUCACAACCAAAAGGCCUUAAUAAUUGAAUAUAUCAAAUUCAUAAGUUCGCCCUCUUCUUCUGCUAAAAGCGAGCUUCUUUCCUCACCGGUCAUGGUCCCCUUAACUUCAAAUUUUAGUUGCGAGAAAGAAGAGGAGCAUCGAUUUCAAACAGACCUCGUCGCUUUGGAGGAGACUUGCGGGAACCUGGCCGAAGUUACUAUCAUAAUUACAGACAUCCGAAGGCUGCUGGAGGAAAGACCCUCGAGGAGAAGCGGCCCUCAAAAAUUUGAAACGGGUUUACUCAAGGAAACGAUACCUAACACUUUUAUUUUAACUUUUCUUAAUUAUUUUUGCAUGUAUCUUUGAAAUACUCAGGCCAAACAAAAAGUAGGGAAACUCAAUAACUUGAUAGAUAAUCUCCAGAUUUCAACUACUUUGCCCACCGAGCGCAACGGUGGAAAAGACGGUACCUGGAUGCAUUCACGUGGCAUGGCAGGCGGUGCAGCUCACGCGCUCUUCAGAAGAGAACACGACCCAAAUGAGCCGCCAAAGCAGAAGCGAAUGGGAGCAAAAAUCUCGCGCUGCUAGUGGAAGGCUUGCAAGGAGUCGCAGCGAGGAAAUUCUUAUACAACGAUUUGAUCGCAUCGCUGACGAACUUUACUGGUCGAUCCGGCAAAAGGACGCGGAAAUCAAGCGCCUACAACAGCAGCUGACAGCCGCCAGACAAAACAUGCAGAGACGAUGUGCAUUCCCGCACUUUAUCGAAUGUAGCCCGUAGCGGUUUUCGAUCCAGACUUUGCCACGUGGUUUAAGAGUCGCUAAACUUAGAAAUAUAGCUAAAAGCUACUGGUAGUAGCUAAUAGAGUUAUUUUU